AUGGCUAAAAGACAGUCGCCCGCGCAUCGUCUUUGGUGGCUUCUUGGUCUUUUAAGCCUGGUUCUCAUCAUUGCACUCCCACUGUCAGGCUUGAGUAUGGAGCUUUCUGACGGGUUUGUGAAGGCCUCCAGCCCACCUUCUGUAAUUGGAUAUUCCCGGGAAACCUUUAACACGAAGAAUGAGAAUAAGGCGCUCGAACGUUCCCUUUCCCGUUGGCGGGCGGCGUCUCCUGUGGAUCUUCCUGGGGCUGGAAUAGCCUACACCCCACGGGGUCUUGAUCGCAACGACUACGACUAUCUCACGGCACUUCCCAACUCGUUGUCCACGGAGCAGAACGUCCCCGAUCUAUUCCUUAUACCCCAAGCAAAAACCCCAAUCAGUGGCCGUCCCUGGGGUAUUCGAUUAUCAUACAAUUGUUCCGUGGUGCAGUCCAAGGCGGAGCUUACCAUCCUGCCAAAGAAGAACUCACUCCCUCUGCAAAUUGUUUCUCUGCAAAGUGCACAUAAAGAGGGGGUAUUUGGAAGCGGUCCGACUAGUUCCGACGUAAUUUAUGCAUAUAACAGCAGUGCUGAAAACCUGUUUUUGUAUGCGGAACUUGGGGCGAUUAUCAACACAACUUACAUCUCUGAGAGCGUCGACCCGAAUCCUGAUAUCCUGGAAUACGUUAUGUGGCAGGCACGAGGCUACGUCCCUAUACAGGGUCCUGUAUCGCACGAUUUCAACAACACCAUCGCCAUGCCUAUUCCUGACAUUGACUCCCCUCUGGUGAUGGAUGCUAAUGGAACGGUUACUCCCAACGAAAUGUUCUUCGAACGUGGAUCAGGGUCGGAAAACCUGCGUCAAUUCGUCGCAGGCACAGAUAACUUGACACUCACCAAUUUCAUCGAAACAGCACAGCCCAUCGGAGUUCGAUGUCAAGCCCUCUCCGAGACGGGCUUCGCUACACUCCACCCGGAUGAACUGGCCUUCUCCGACUUCAUCCGUGUCCCUCCAGAGCGUCCACCUCCCCCCUAUUCGGGAGUUUCGGGAGUCGGGUGGUACUAUAUCCCUUAUCCCUUCGGAUUUAGCCCGUGGGCCCAUCUUUCCAAGCCGGAGACUGUCUUCGCCAACAUUCUCGAAUCGAUCGAGACACCUCUCAGUAUAAGGAUCGGUCCCAGCCAAGUGUAUCCGAACUAUGUCCAGGCUGCGGAUCUACAGCAGUCUCUCAUGGGUGCCUAUGCACAAAGCGCCUUAAACCUCAUGUAUUACGGCUUUGAGACGUUUAAUCAAGGAUACGUGGCCGAGAAUCUCACCUCCUCGCAGCCUGGCAAGAUCCUGGGACCAGGCGCCUUACCUCCACAUGUCCCUAUGGUUAUGCUUGCCAUCUGGGCAAUGGGCUGUGUUAUCCUUGGCCUGGUAUAUGGAUUUCGGCGCCGACAGGCUGAAACUCUAGACGGUUACCUGUUCUCCAAGCUCAGUGCACACUAUGCUAAAAGUAUUGGUGAUUUGCCUGCCGCUAUUGGUCCUCGAUCAAUUUUAUAA